AACUUCAUUUUCCCGGUGAUUCCACACAGAAGAAAAAUAAAACAAACUCUGUUUUGAUUUUCUCUCAAAGUCCGCAAAAUUUUAUGCGAGAUUUUAUUGAAGAUUUGAUCUCGAGAUUGUGUUUGCUGUUCAAUGGUGAUUACAGGUUCUGAGGGCGAGAGAGUAAGCGAGUUGAAGACGAUGGGUCCGGAAAGAUCGAAACCUCUCCACAAUUUCGCGAUGCCGAGCUUGAAGUGGGGAAAUCAGAGGUUCCUAAGGUGCAUGAAAGUGAAUUCCAAUGGCGAAGUGGCCGCCGAUGAUGGCAGAUCUUCGGAUUUGGUUAGGGGCAGGCGAGAAUCCGAGUCGGAGAAACGUAGAUCUCUGACUUGUUCGGAGAGUUUGGAGGAGUCGCCGACGCGGUCGUCGCCGAUUGGGGGGAAAGGAAAGGGGGAUGAGAUCGACGGCGACGACGGAAUCGAAGCGGUGAGGGCGAAGCUGAUGUUCGAUCUUCAAGCGGCCGCCGACAAGAUGAAGGUUGCUAUUUUCAAGGACGGGGAAGAGGAGGACUCCUCGAGGCCAUGGAAUCUCAGGACAAGGAGAGCUGCGUGUAAGGCUCCGUCGCCGAGUGGUGGAGGAGGGAAGAGUUUGACGAUCGAGAGGCGAAAGCCUGGUUCUUCGCCGUCGAGGACUGAUGUGUCGGCGCCUAGAAGAGGUGAGAAGAAAGAGAGGGCAAAGUUCUCGGUUUCACUUUCUCGGCAAGAGAUUGAGGAGGAUUUUAUGGCCAUGACGGGACACAGGCCCGCGAGGAGGCCGAAGAAGAGGGCAAAGAAUGUGCAGAAGCAAUUGGAUACGCUUUUCCCAGGCUUGUGGUUGACCGAAGUUACACCAGAUUCAUACAAAGUUCCCGACUUUCCUGAAACCGGAAAGAGAUAGUAAAUACAUGGCAGGAGCUGGUUUUUAGAAGUUUAAAGGUUCUUGUUCGCUGACGGCUGGUAAAUUAUGACCCUAGUUAGAAGUAUAGCACAUCACCAUCUUUAUGAAUUGGGAAUUUUGAUAAACUGUUGAAUUUCCCUUAGUUGAGUUUCUUUGAACUUGUUUAGUUAGAUCAUGAUUCAUAUUUCUUUUUUCCUUUGUUGCAAUAAAAAUUCAUAAAGAAAAGAUGGGUCGAUGUUGUUGGAUGGAAGAAGAUGCUUUGUUCUUUGUAGUCAAUUUUUCUGACUAUGCUUCUUACCAUUUGUUCAUAUCAAUGAAUUCCAAAUUUUGAUCUUCAGUUCCAUGAAUUUCAUUUGUUCGUGUUCAGUAUGCAGAAAUGCCAUGAUUAAGAAUGCGUACUCUAGGAUGCUGAAAUUAGUUGAGAGUUGAGAGUAGUGAGAUUGGGGAGGGACAAAGGUUUUGAGGGAAAUUGUUCUGGAGUUUGGUCAUGCUAUAGCAUAUCUCUCUGUUUUUCUCUCAUUAUUCAUAUGCCUCAGCUAAAGAUGAGUACAAUGGCUGUUUCUGGAUGUCUAUCUUUUGGUGCUUGAUGUGGCUUGUUGGAGUUAGCAAGUUAUACCCAUUGCAUUCUGUUGCUUCUUGUUUGGGCCAACUCUAACCUGCACUGCAAUAAAAUUGGCUUCUUAUCAUUGACAUGCUUCUACUAACAAAUCUAGAGCUCGCCUACAGAUGGGGGAGAAACACCCAUAUUCUUUGCCUUGUUAUAUUGACUUGGCCUUUGGUACAGUCACAGUGGAAUUUCUCUGUAUAUAUUGAUUGUUGAAUUUGUUGGAUGCCAUAAAGCCAUCAUCUAUCAUGAUUUUCUUGUAUGUUGCCCACAUUUUGCAUAUUGAAUACAGUUCCAUUUCUA